UCUUAACCAAUAUUAUAAUUUGAUCCAAACUAUAGGCUUCCGCUACGUUAGAGAGAGAGAUAAAGGUAAAAACGAUGGUGGUUCUGCGUACAAGUUCAAAGGGAUUGUGCGGCACUUCUUCAUCUAACUCCUAUAAUUUACGUUCGAGGAAAGUAUCUGAUCCUUCAUUUGAUGGCUCUAAACGUUUGUGUUCAAGGGUUGGUCCUGUCAGGCCUAAAGCUAAACCUAAAGCUAAGCCGAGAAAGGAAAGUAAGCACACAUCUAAAGACGGUGGUGAUGAUGAUGAAGAAAGGAAGUAUGCAACCGAUGCCAUGAGUUUCUAUAACAAAGAAAAGGGUACAAAAUAUGAGCUGGUGAAGCCUGGUUGCGUUACAUCUGCGUUUCUAAGGUCAUGCUUUCUUCACCAUAUCAACUUCACGGCCAAGAAGGCUGAUGUUGCUGAUGCUCCAGAAGAGAUGUUUUUUGCUGAACUGAAAACUACCUACAAGGUUCGUGUUGUCGAGCUUUGCAAAUCCAUGGGGCCAGAAAGCUUAAUUACAGGAGAUAAAACCAAUGGGUGCUCUUACUGCAACAAGUAUGGCUAUGUUCAGCAUCCAAAGGACGGAGGAUUCACGGCAGGAGAAUUUAUGAAUUAUUCAGAAUGGGAGAAAAACCAUGAUUCCUUGACUUGUUGACAGUGAACUUUUUAUGUCAGUUGUGUGUAUUGAAACUUAGUUUAGAGCGUUGAAAAACCAUGAUUCCUCUGAAUGAAAACUUGGCCUCUGUACUGGUUGUGUAUUAGGCUUCUAUAUCGUCUAAUGUUAUUUUACAUCGUGCAUCUUUCA